AUGCAAUAAGUACAUGCAGCUGAUGCCUACUUCUCUGAUCUGAGCACCUUACUUUGCACAGAGCAGGCUCUUUGAGCUUGCUGUUUUUACAAUUUACAGAAUGCCAUACCAAAGUGACUGGGAGUAUUGUGGAAAAAAUUCAGUCUUCUGCCAUCCUGUAAAUAUUGUGGAAGAGAGUCCCAAUAUAUUGUUACAAUCCAGAAAAGUCCAAACUAUUUAAUUAUUCUGAAUCGGGAAUUUUUUGCGAUGCUAAAAAAAGUCAAACAAGAUUACACUGAUAUAAAAAAUAAGUGAUUAAAAAUGAGAAUAAUUCAAUUAGUUUGUCAAAAAAGGCUAACCAAAAAAUACGGAUUGGAACUAGUUUACAAUGAUAAGGUUACAGAACCAAGAAAAGAUCUUAUUUAAACAAGAUGUUCUUAUGGGCGAGAGCUUGGCAGGCACUAUAGUGAAUAAUGCUGGACUCCACAGAUGGUGAAAAACAGUUCAGUCCUUGACGGUUCAAAAACAUAAGCUGCAACGGGGAUGAAGACCACGCCCAAUAAGAACGACCGGGCUCGAGACGAAACGGCAAAGGGGCGUGAUGAUUGUAGCAAAUACAGGAACUUGAUGAUCCCACAAACUAGAACUGGAUUCAGUUCACAAACUCUCUUCCGGAAUAAAAUUCAGCUCUGCACUUCACUUGGUCUUGAGGAACUUUUCUUACAAGUGUUGCUCCACAGACAACUCGCCACCACAGGUUGGAAUGGUGGAGAAGUCAAUAAGUCAACAACUUCUCACAGCCUGCGUACAGUAGAAUUACCUUCCAAAAUCUCUCUUGGUGUGUGUCUCUCUCAUCUGUCAGAACUCGUCUUUCAUAGUCUACAACUCUUCUAGAAAUUUCUUGGUUUCUACAAAGUUCUUUUCAUUCCUGGGACCUCGUGUGUGAGCGCAAGGCAAAUGCAGGCUAUGCCCAGUCAUUGCUCAUGUUUGGCUACCUGAUUGGGGUUGUUGCCGUAGGCCGGGCUUCGGACAAGUUUGGACGGCGCAGGACCUUUGUCGGGGGGAUACUGGCCCUCGUGGUGGUCCAGUUUAUUUCGGCUUUUACUCAGAAUAUAUACCAGUAUGCCUUAACAAGGUUUUUGGGAGGUUUCCUCUAUGGAGGGGCUGGUCUAGCCGGUUACGUGCUGAUGCUGGAGGGACUUCUACCCAAGAAAUCAGCUCUCCUGAACAGCAUCUUCAACUGUAGCUGUUCAGUGGCUAUUGUGUCGCUUGCAGUGAUGGCUUACUACAUUCGGGACUGGAGACAUCUGACCUUAUUGAAUUGCUUCCUAAUGGCCUCCAUCGUCAUUGUACCACUACUGGUACCGGAAUCAGCCCGCUGGCUGGCCUCCCAGGGCCGCAUCACGGAGGCAGAGGACCAGUUGGUCAAUUUUGGCCGGAGGAAUGGGGUGUGGCCCUGUCCAACCACCAUCACCCUGACCGACAAGAGGGAAGAGACAAAAGGCAAGAGCUCGGUGGGGGUGUUGGACCUGUUCCGCACUCCCAUGCUCAGGCGAAGGAUGAUAAUACUGAUGAUCACAUGGUUUAGUUGUUGUUUGGCGUAUUACGGUCUAACCUUUGGUGCUAGCAGCUUGGGUGGGAACAUGUACGUCAACUUCGCACUGUCUGGGAUCGUUGAAAUACCUGCCACUUUACUCAGCACCUACGCCUUGAAUCGGAUAGGUCGCCGGCCUACCAUGGCCAGCUCCUUGUUCAUCGCAGGUCUUGCCUGCCUUGGAGUCAUGACCUUACAGAAAUCAGAAGGCAGUGAGAUGUCUAGCAUGCAGACAUACCUUGCACUGACUGGCAAAAUGGGAAUCUCUGUGGCCUUCAACUCGGUUUAUCUCUACUCUUCAGAGCUAUUGCCAACAGUUCUCAGAAACACAGGUUUGGGUGUGUGUUCCAUGUCGGCCCGACUUGGGGGAGUCAUUGCGCCUACCUUACCACCAUAUGGAGAGAAAGUUGCCUACCUUGCAUUUGGGUUGACUGCCUUACUGAGUGCCGUGUUGGACAUGACUCUUCCUGAGAGCUUGAACAAGCAGCUGCCAGAGACGAUCAUGGACAUAGAGAAAGGACCAUCCAUGCCAGUACUGCAUCCAGAGAAACCGAUGUUAUCCGCUGACAAUGAUGAUAAGGUACAGUCUGACAGAGGGCUCGGUGUAAAUUCGUAGGGCUCGUGCACCCUUUCAGUGGUAUGCUGAGGAUUUCCCAGACUGUGAAUAAGGACCGAGUUCUGGCUAUGGCAAUGAGUUUGGCACUGGAAGGGUUGUGUAAGUGAUGUUUUAAUGUAUUUUUGGCUUUUUAAUUGACUUGUUCAUGUCUGCAAAUCUUGUUUUUUUAUAAGACAAGUUGGCUGAUGUUUAAGUACGGGUCAUGAAAGCCAUAGGAAAAUAACUCUGAGUUAAUUUUAUUUGUUGAGAGACAAUUAGGUCAUUGGAAAAUUUGAACUGAAAUUCAUUUCAGGAACCUUUCACUUGGGUCUCAAACAAUUUGUGGUUUCUGUUGUAAAUUACUCUGAAAAUUGUUUCCGGCACACACAUUGUUUAUGGGUUUUUAUUUACUGGCUGUAGCUUUGAAUAGCUUUGAAUGAAAAGGGAAACAAUUCCACAUUAAAUGAAGAUGUUUUGCCAAAGCCGGUGCAGUGAGGAUGGAAAGAACUGGACAACAUAUGUGAAUUGCUCUUAAAAACACAAAGAGGUACAUCUCAAUCCCUUGUGAAAUUUUGGUUGCCACUAGAUAUUAUUUGACUGGGAUAGAUAUUCCAAUGUGCUUGGUGCAGGAUUUGAGGCCUACGUUGUCUUGAGGUUUUCAGCCUUCCAGCUGUGAGCGAGGUAGUCUGUAAUCCAAUAAGACACUGACCAUGCUCUGUUAUAAUCAGUUUCAGUCGAGCAAACAAUCUUGACUGGAGAAGGAUUUCUCCCCUUCAUGCGCUAGCUUGCCUUACCCGUGGUCUUCCUGCUGGGCCCUCUAUCUCUACGGUCUCUGUCACUGACUGAGCGAAGGAGCUUUCUCUGUCCCUCCCGGGCAACUCACCUUUGGCUCAGAGAACAAACUAGUAUUAUUUUUAAUUGGUAGUGUAUUUACCCCUGCAUUCCGAUGUCACCUUGUGCACAGAGUGGAGAAGUUUUCACGUUCAGCAUUCAACACAUUCCUGAGUGUCUUCCAAUUUUACUAGAAUUCAUUUGAUAACUUUUGUAGUUUCUUUCUGGUAGGAACAUGACCAUCACGUACGAGUUCAAAAAUUUGGUCAUCCGACAGAAGACAAAAUGUUGACAGUGUUUCACAUUUCUUGAUAUUACCCUAAAUUUUGGUUGAGUGAAGAACUGUCAACAAAAAUUAAAAAUAAGAUGAAUUGAAACACAAAGGUACCAUUUCAAGGAUUUUGGUGAAAUAGUUUAAUUACAUGGUCCCUUUAAAGCCAUUCCAUUUGCUUUUAAAGCACAUGGCUAAGAGUUCAACUUUUCAACAUGGUAAAACAUUGACCAUUUUUGUUUGCAAGGCAUGUGUGCCCAUGUACAUGUAGAGUUUUGGGGAACUUACCUUUUCACUGUGUUAUGCUGAAUGUACAUGUAUGUAUGUGACAGUAUCUAACAACAGUGACAUCUGUAGUCUGCCAACUCAUACUGGUAACAAAAGCUGAAACAGUGAAUCCUUGGCCUGUGAGAUUGACACCUGGCCUGUAAAAGUUUGGUAGGAUUUUUAACACAUGUAUUAUGGUGAAGGUGAAAUACCAUAAAUGCCACAUUAUUUUUGUAUGAAAUAUUUCACUUUGUAUUUUACUCUUCUCAGAUAUCCGCUGAACAAAUCAAGGUAUUUUCAAAAUUUAUUUUGCGAGAUAUUUGUGAGGGGAAGUAGGGAUUAACCUUUUUUCCCAGUUGUUUCCUAUUUUGCCACUAUUCUAAGUCGUAUUAAAAUAAGGAAACAAAGUCCUAAUUUAAAAGGAUACUUUACGAAGGCAUCAUAAUGACGGCAUCCAGGUGAUUUAAUAUACAGUUAAAUGACUCGAUGUAUAGAUUAUUAAAAUCUUAAACUAAUUUUCAAUGAGGUGGAACGUUUAUUCUAAUGUUAAAAUCUUUGAAGAGAAACAUUACAUCAACUUAGCACAUACUCUGCACAGGCCAGUAGAAUCUACAAAGCUAUGGAUUGGAGAGAUUAGCAAAUUUGUUGUGGGCAAGAACUGUCAUCUCUUAUAAUUUGCACCUUUGAAGGAUUUGAACCUUUGCAGAAGAAUGCAGAAAAUUUGUGAUGUUUAUUCAUAACUCUGUGAUGGCCACUCAUAACACUGUAUGACACCAAUUUCUGAUGUCUGACAGCUCACGGGAGCUACUCACUACAUGUAGCUCAAGUCCAGCUGUCAAGAAAGUCCUGACUUCCAAGUCUUUGGAAUACUGUGCAAACUCCCUCCUUGGCAUAUCUAACAUAGGACCUCAGGAGAUUGCAGGUCCAAUUGGCUGUCUUCAGGGUGAGACUUGUUCCAAUGGUUGACCGCGACAUCAGAUCUGGCUGGCAUGCCAGCAGUAAUGUUAAUGUUACUCUUGAAGCUGUUGUGUGUUUCCUGUUGAAGCCUCAUGGUUCAGCCUGCUGGCUUGCGUCACUCUGUUAAUUACUCCAUUAACCCUAACCACGCUGAACCCAACAAGGUUAUGAAGGAUUUCAAUGGUCCCUAGGGGGUAGGGUUAAUACAUUAGCAAAAACAGACUGAAAAGUUUAGUCAUUUAGUUAGAAGAACAAAGAUGAAUGUUGGGAUUACCUAAGGAUUAACUUUAGCUUAGACUGCUUCUUCAAUAUGGUUUUUGCCACGGAGUUACUGACAAGGUUCACAAGCAGUAGAGAUCAUCCUUCUUGGUUCUUGCCAAAAACAGUAUUCUAUCUCCAGGGUUUUGUACAAAUGAUAUACACGGCCUUGACCAUGUAGGCAGAAUCCUUCCUGUGAUCAUUUUGAACAACUCUUUGCUGGAAUGAAGUUGUUUCUUUACG